AUGGCAAGUGAGCACCACCUGUUCGAGAUUGCGGCCACCGGGCUCGACGGCAGCUCUCCUGGUCCUCACUUCAAGAUCUGUUCUGACUUGGACGACUCCUCAUGGUCUCCCUGCAUACAAGGCUACAACUGGCGAUGCGUCUACUGCACUGAUCCCGCUGCUGGUACAGUGUCCUUCACCCUCUGUCUUCCUUACAGCAGCACGCGCGAACCCACCAUGAACGCAUCGCUCAAGCUCAGCCUGCUCGACCGAGGAGGCCGGCAGGUGCCGUCCAGGACCCGAGCGAUCUCGUUCCAGAACUGCCUGAUCCAGCAGAUGUGGCAGUGGGAGUGUCCCGGCUUCAUCACCAGGGACGAUCUGCAGCGGCAGGAGUACCUUAACAAGGACGGCCGGUUCACCGUCCGGUGCGACAUCGCCGUCAAGCCCUUGGCGCCCAAGGGCGGCGUCUUCGUCACCGUGCCCCCGUCCGACCUUCACCGGCAUCUCGGCGACCUGCUGGCGCGUAAGGACGGCGCGGACGUCACGUUCCAGCUGGUCCCGGGCGGCGAGACGUUCUCCGCUCACCGGUGCGUGCUCGCGGCGCGGUCACCGGUGUUCAGAGCGCAGCUGUUUGGCGAGAUGAUGGAGAGCAAGAGCACGGGCGUCGUCAUACCGAUUGAGGACAUGGAAGCUCAGGUGUUCAGCUCCCUGCUGGCCUUCAUUUACAGCGACUCGCUGCCGGAGACCGCCGACGACAACGCCGAGCAAGACGGUGAUGACGACGAAGCGGUGGUGCUGUAUCAGCAUCAGCUUGCCGCCGCUGACAGGUACGGUCUCGAGAGGAUGAAGCUGGUUUGCCAGGAGAAGCUGUGCAAGCACAUACGUGCAGACUCCGUGGCGGUGAUGUUGGUUUUAGCUGACCGACACCACUGCCCUGGGUUGAAGGAGGCGUGCUUUCAUUUCCUCACAUCUAGUCUCAAUCUUGAGUCCUUCACUGAGACGGAUGGCUUUGAGGUGCUCAACGCUAGCUGCCCUGCUGUUCUCAAGGAGCUACUGGCCAAGCUUGCUACCGUUUUGAUCUUGAGUUUUGAUGAGUAG